AUGAGCGACCCUCUGAGUAUUACCGCGAGCGUCAUAACGGUGCUUGAAUUGGCAGCCACGGCGACUAACUACCUGAGAGGCAUCAAAAAUGGAGACACGGAUCGAGUCAACCUCCGGGAUGAGCUGAGAAGCACCACCUGCCUGCUCGAGAUGCUCAGAGACCGUAUCGAGGAUGCGGAAGACGCAGCGACGACGUCGGGACCUGGCAGGCCGCUGUAUAUCAAGGCUCUUUAUGGCCCGGAUAGCCCUCUUGUUCAGUUCCAGCGCAUCCUGGAGGACAUCAUCAAGCAGCUCAGCCCGCAGAGUAAGCUGCGGCAACGAUCGUUACCUAUGACAUGGCCAUUUACCAAGAAGGAUACCGCGGAGAAGCUUUCUUGCUUGGAGCGCCUAAAGAGCCAUUUCAUUCUGGUCAUGCAGAAUGACCUCGCGCAGCUUACGCAGGCAUCCUAUGAGCUUGCACAAGCAUCCCACGAGAGAAUAGUAGAUAUGGGGCAGAAGGUUGAUGAGACUCACUUGAAAGAUCACGAAGAUGAGACCCAGAGGAUCAUUCUCUGGUUCAGCACCCUCUCGUUUCGCGAGCAGCAUAUUGCGAUACUGGAAAGUGUGCAGCCAGGAACUGGUCGAUGGUUCACCAAACACGAGGCUCUUCGUGCCUGGCUGGACGGGAAGAUUAGCAUGCUCUGGUGCCCAGGCCUACCUGGCGCUGGCAAAACGAGACUAAUGUCUAUGGUUAUCGAUAUCCUUGAGCAUGACCAGUCCUCGAAGAACAGUCUCUACACGUAUAUCUACUGUAACUAUAACAGCCGAAAAGAGCAGACUUCUGCUGCUUUGCUCUCAGGUCUGGUCCAGCAGGUCCUUCAACAUCCCACAAGCGAGACGGUACCACCUGAAGUGUUGUCUCUCUAUAACUCGCACAAGAAAUACGGCACACGUCCCACUUUGAAAGAGUUAACUGAUCUACUGGGGAAACUGACUUCAACAUAUGAGUCUUUGUUUGUUGUCAUUGAUGCUCUGGACGAAUGUACCGAAUCCGAGGAAGAUGCCCUCCGGUUUCUGUCAACGGUACGCUCGAUUGGCUCAAAUGUCAGGAUUCUGUGUAGUUCACGCUUCUCCACUACUUUCGAGGCAUUUUUCGUUUCGACUAAGAUGGUAGAGAUAUUUGCUCGGGAUGAGGACAUCAGGAUGUUCCUGGACUCCGAGAUAAGCCAACAACCCAGGCUCUCUAAGCAUGUCCGUGCUGACCCGGACUUGAGAACGGAGAUAAUUGAUUCCAUCACUGGUGAUUGCCAGGGAAUGUUCCUCCUUGCCAAGCUGCACCUCGACUCUCUCUCGACCAAGAUUAAUCGAAAAGCAGUGCGAUCCGCCCUACGUACUCUCCCUGUAACUUUGGACGACACAUACUCGGAAGCCCUGCAAAGAAUAUAUGACCAGCCAGCUGAUACUGCCGAACUAGCGGAGACAGUACUGCUAUGGAUAAUUUGUGCCCGGGAAACCCUGACAGUCAUGCAGCUCCAGCAUAUGUACGCCACGCAAGAGCUAACGGGCGGUAUGGCACUCGGAGACGACGAUCUCCCAGAUGCGGACAUCUUGACUGGGGCGUGUAGCGGUCUCAUCGCCGUCGAUCACGAGUCGCAAGCCAUCCAUGCCAUUCAUUACACAGUCCAUCAAUACUUCGAACGGUCACAUAGUCAAAGACUGAUGGCCGCUAGGCUGAGUCUCACCAAAGUGAGCUUGGCCUAUUUGGGUCUUCCGAACUUCUUAUCUGGCUUUUGUGAAAGUGAUGCGGCGAUGCUGCAGCGUCUGACGGAAUAUCCCUUUUUGGAAUAUGCUGCCAAACAUUGGGGGUCGGAUAUGAAUCUCCUUGAGGCAGACGAGGUACUGCCGAGCCUCGACCGACUUUUCUCUAAUCCAACGGUGUCUGAAACGAUCCAUCAAGCGUGGAGUGUUCCAACUGGUCGCUAUCCCAACUGGAGUCAGGAAUUUCCCCGUAAGUCCCCGGCUCUCGUCCUCGCCGCGGCUUUUGAUCUCCCGGUGAUUCUUCGACACAUGAUUGCAAAUGGCCACAAAAUCGAAGGCAAAGGGACCGACGGAGAGACUGCCCUUAUCCGGGCUGCGACGUUUGGCCACGCGGAGAAUGUACGGGUUCUCCUGGAGCUAGGAGCUGCAGUCAACGCUCAGGACUACAUGGGUGAAAGUGCUCUGCAAAGAGCGGCUCGAAAUGGUCACUCAAGCGUAAUCCGUGUGCUAUUAGAUGGCGGCGCAUGCGUGAACAACAAAGCAUCGAAUAAUUUGACUCCGCUUAUGUCUGCUGUAUCAAGCGGGCAUCUUGAUGCGGUUCGCAUGCUGGUUGAAGCGGGUGCAGAGUUGAUGGUGGAGACAGAAUGGGGGGAUUCUGCCUUGAGUAUGGCUCUACGAAGCGGACAGGAAGCUAUCGCGACAUUUCUUGCGGAUUACGGUGCUCUCCUGCCUCGUGGAAUGGCCGGGCGUCGUGCCUCCAUUAUUGCCUCCCGGAGAGGAUUACAGCGCCUAGUGCGACGUCUAACGGUUGACUAUGAGGCCAUUGCUGGGAGGCCUUUACAGAGGCAAUCGUCGAGGAUUAUGAGCGGACUACCUGAGAGUCCUGAAAUACCGUGGCAACGACCAUCGAAUCUCCAUACAGAAAGUCAGGAAAGAGAUGAGAUCUCAUUCGCAGAACUCAUGGAGCAAUAUGAUAUCCAGACUGGCUUUUAUCAGCGAUACAAUAUGAUGGAGCAAAUCGGGAAAGGACAUUUUGCCACUGUAUACCUCUGCUCCAACAGAGUGACUGGCGUAUUAUUUGCGGUCAAGAUGUUCCAUAGUCAUCGGCCUCCCUCAUCUUCGGAUUUUGAGAGCUUACAUUAUGAGAUUCAGUUGCUUCGCGAACUCCAGAAGCAUUCUCAUCCGAACCUCAUGAGGAUGGCUGAUCUAUUUGCAGACUUCGAGAAGAAUAGGAUCUGCCUCGUCAUGGACCUCGGGAAGGAAGGGGACCUCUUUGACCUUAUUGUCGCGAAGGAGAAGUUUACCGAGGCCGAAACACGAGUCAUCUUUACUCAGUUGUUAUCCGCUAUCAAAUUCCUCCACGACCGUGGAUGGGUCCACCGAGACGUCAAGCCCGAGAAUAUCCUUGUUAUGGACAGGAACCUUACGAUCCAGCUAAGCGAUUUUGGGCUGGCAAAAAAGCUCCAUACAGACUCAGGAUUCGAAGAGUUGACAUCGACUUUGUGUGGAACUCCAAGCUAUGUGCCGCCGGAGGUUCUCCAGACGUCUCGCAGCCGUUCAUACGGUUUUGGAGUGGACUUGUGGUCCUCCGGCGUUGUCUUGUACAUCUGUUUGUGCGGGUUUCCUCCAUUUUCUGACGACUUGUACACUGAAGAGAACCCAUAUACUCUCUCCCAACAGAUCAAGAUGGGUCAAUAUCAUUAUCCAUCGCCUUACUGGGAUUCCGUCGGAGAUCCCGCUUUGGAUCUCAUUGAUGCAAUGCUGACCGUGGAUGUGGACAAACGUGCGACGGCCGAGGAAAGCCUCGCUCAUCCAUGGAUGUGCGAAGCAACUAUAUCACCAAAUGGUGCUACAGAUGCUAGUAUGGCCCUUCCUCUGGACAUCGGGACGAUGCAGCUAAUGCCGGAUCAGGUCCUCGAUAGCGAAGGGAGUGCGAUAACAACUGGAUUAGAGCCAGGCACCAUUUGA